UUGGUAAGCCUUCAACGAAAGCGCAACACAAGGAAAGCGUCUUGGGUGCAAACCCACAUUUUUUUUCGAAAAUUUUAACCGGACAAGUCGCCAAAAUACCUCCAUUCAAGGAAUUCGAUAUCUCUUUUCCCUUCCCUACCGGAUUGGACCUAAAGCCCGACCAGGAUCUCGGCAAUUACCAACCAACAUGCGACAAGAACGACAUGGAUGUGCUGGAUUUGUACGAAACCGGAGAAUGGUCCGCAGCGAGUUCACCGUGUUCUGAAUUGUUUGAAGACGUUGAUAUCUCGUCCUCUACAUCUGAUCUCGAAGACUCCUACAUCAACGAUUUUUCCAUCGAUUUCGCGUCGUACCUGGAUCCUGCAGCUCUUAGCACAAGCCCGGAGGACCUGAACAAGUAUCUUCCACCAAAAGAGUCCAAAAGUGUAAAGAAAACCGUAGAGCCCUACUUACCAGAAGUAGAUGGUUAUAUACCCAAGAAAAGUAGUGUAGUUGUCAAAGUAGAGCCCAAAGUUGAUUCCCAAAAACCGGCCGUGUCGUAUCGUAACAAAUCUCCAACCAUGGUUCCGAGAGAAACCGUCCCUCAAAGCAAGCAAGCCUCAAAGUUACCUUCGAUUGCAUCCCAGCUCAAGGCCCCUUCCUCAAGAACAUCGCGGAGGCAUUCGAUCAGCAAGAGAAAUUCCAUGGAUAAGCAUAGUGAAGAAUACAGGCAAAAGAGAGAACGUAACAACGUCGCGGUGCGAAAAAGCCGCUUUAAGAGCAAGCAGAAGUUCAUUGAAACCCAAAGUCGGGUCGAGGAGCUCACAGAGGAAAAUGAACGCCUCCAUUCGAGGAUCGACAUUAUCACUAAAGAGCUCAACGCUCUCCGGAGCCUAUUCUCCAAUCCAAGCGUCUUCAAGGACCUUGCAUUAGCAAGAGCCCUCCUGGCGCAAGGACUCGCUCAGUAAACCCAUGGAUGUGUGACGAUUUCUCUCAAAACUAACCGGUUGUGACAAUUAAAGGACAUCUUGCUGGACCUAUUGAUUCUUAGCUUUGAAACCUGUGUAAUCAUCAGGGAUUGUCAAGAAAUAAAAAUCCUCAAGAUGCA